AUGUCUGGGGGCAAACACUCUCUUUUGCAGUCGUACACCACCGCCCUCGGCACCAAAGCAUACAUACUCAGGGGCGUGCCUGGCGGGGAAGGUAGUGAAGAGGGUGAAUCCAUUGGGGUGCCGUGCCGCUCUUCGCACUCGCUACGGAAGCGCCGUACCGUCGCGAUGCGUUGGAGGCCGUGGCGUGGGGCGGGUCUUUCACCGCCAGCCGCGAGACUGAACAGAUAUCCGGCAGAUGUGACAAAACGUGGCGAUGAUCGUUGCGUCAAGUCACAAGACAACGCCACCAGCAACAUAAGCAGCAGCAGCUGUGACGCCGGGCUGACCGCCAACUGGGCCCGUUUGGUGCCUACGACAGUUGUGGUGCCGCCGAUGGCGCCCCCCGACGUACAGCAGUCGUCACAAGCGACGACUGUCGUGCCCCCUUCUGUCCAUUCUGGGGGGCGUAUCGGCACUGGUGACACAGGCGUAUACACCGUAAUGCCGACGCCUCCGCCGCAAGAGCCUCACUUUGCAUCCCUUCACCUGGUACCAGAGCUGCCAACCACUGCUGGCACGGUUCUAUUGCCUACGCCCCCACAGUGCGACCCUCGAGUUGGCGUGAGGUAUUCAUUUCGUUGCUCGGUGGCGGAUCACGAGAGAAUGGUGGAAAGCGGUUUCGUCUUCUGCCCGCAGUGUGGGUCCAAGGUACGUUAUGAUGCUCCAGUGGAAUUUUUGCCGGCAGACUGUCCUGCGACUCACGAAAGAGAGGGCAACAAGGAACAGGAUGCGGAUGGCGGUUAUUGUGUGUUGUGCGGUCGCUCAAUCAUUUAUCGUGCUGCGCUGCAGAAGAGGGAAGGAAAUACUCUCGUGCCUCCUGUCUUGUUGCCUCAGCUUCCCACUGGAGUGCCAGAAGUUGCAGCUCCACUACCGCCGUCCGCGACGCUUGGUGUGUUUCAGGCACAGAAGGCACCCACUACUGCCGCCUCUGCAGUUGCCGUUGCCACACCUGCCACAAGCGCAGUAACACCUGGCGAGGCUGGGGACACGAAAAGUCAAAUAUUCGCUCUAGGGGGCUCUGCAGUAGCUCCACCUCUGGCUCUGGGAACGACGGAGGUGAAAAUUGUGCCUGCCGCAUCACUUCCUGUCACAGCGACGACGAAUACCAACGAGAGCAGUGGGCGUGGUGGUGCUGCAAUCGAACCUUCUACCGAAGCAGGGUGGCUACCAUAUCCCUCGGUGAUGUUGGCGACAUCUGUGCCAGCAGCCCAAGGAGUGGAUAAUGCUGGAGGCUCUCCUUUUUCUCCUGUUGAGGGAGCAGAACUUGAAAAACCGCCAUGUGCGUCGGUGCCCGUUGCAGCCAGUGCGGCUGCACCUCGGGAUGCGGCAAAUACGCAGUCUGCGGCGCAGCAGGAGGUGCUGCUUUACACGGCCGGCGUCCCCGGCGUGUCGUGUGGUCUUCCACAUUGUACCUUGUGCCUACAUUCAGUGGGCCCGCCGCUGCUGCCCGUCGCGUCGACUCAGCACCAGGUGCCAGUGGGCGAGUCGAUAGGGCGUGGCGAAGCGAGCGUUGUCGUUGUACAUAAUCACUAUUAUCACAAGAUGUGA